AUGGGACUGGAUCACGUCUCGUACGCGCCCUAUUCGACUUAUCCUUCCGCCUCCAACGGCGCGUCAGGCUCCUCUUACGCGACACCCAUCGAUCUGACCGCAUCCAAUUCGCCUAAGAAAUGCAGUCGCAAGCGGAAGAACGAAUCUGCAGAUGGGGACGACGCAGACGGCAAGCCGGCGAAAAAGAAGACGAAGCCCAAAGACGAAGAGAGACGCCUGAAACGCUUCCGCGCGAAGUUGCCGGGCGCAUAUCAUGACAUUCGACACCGCGCACUCACGCAACGCAUGUUUGUCAUUGACCGGCAGCGCCAUGCUCCGAAGCAAGAGGAAGGGAGUCUCGUAGAACAUGCGACGGAGACUAUCAGCUUGGCUGGAACAACGGGAAACAUCUACACGAUCGACAUUGAUAGGGUUCCCACGUGCGAUUGUCCGCAUGCGAGGAAGGGCAAUCAGUGCAAGCAUCUUGUAUACGUCAUGGCGAGGGUACUAAGAGUGCCCGAGAAUCUGGAAUACCAACUGGCGUACUUGAGCUCGGAAUUGAAGCAAAUCUUUGAGAAGGCCCCUCCUCUGCCGAGCGAGACAGUGGUUGAGAGUGAGAAGGAUGGGAAUCGGAAGAAGCUGGAAGGUAUGCGUACCAGACAGUGAUGUAACGUCUCGUGAUUCUGGGCUAACACGUUGGUGCAGGCGAAUGCCCCAUCUGCUGCGUCGAUUUCGAACCCGAGAAUGCGAAAGAGCAAGUCGUAUACUGCAAAGCUGCUUGCGGGAACAACAUCCACAAAGAGUGCUUCGACCAAUGGGCGAGGACCAAGCCAGGAAAGGUCACCUGCCCCUUUUGUCGAACUCCGUGGGAUGCCGACGGUAGUGAUGUCAAGAAUGUUGCCAAAUCUGGCGCCGUAAAUGCUGAGGGCUACGUCAACGUAGCCGGCCAGCUAGGCCUGAGUGGACAGCGAGAUCAUUCGACGUAUAACGAGUAUUGGGUCAGGCGACAAGGAUAUGACUCUUACGGUUGA